UUACGGAUUUCGGUUCCUCUCCUGCUGCCUGUAAGGCUAUUCCUGCGCGGCUCUCAGCCCAAAGCAAGGUCCCAGUCCUGGAGACCCCCCACCCCACCGUUUGUCGGGCGUUUUAGAGCUUCAGAUCACGAGAUUAUGUUGUAAACAGAAUUUGGUGAUUAUGGGUAGGAAGACAUGGUUCUCCCUUCCUGAAAAGAAUCGACCUUUAAAGAACAGAAUUAACAUAGUUCUCAGUAGAGAACUCAAGGAACCUCCACAAGGAGCUGAUUUUCUUGCUGAAAGUCUGGAUGAUGCCUUAAAACUUAUUGAAGACCCAGAAUUAACAAAUAAAGUAGACAUGGUUUGGAUAAUAGGCGGCAGUUCUGUUUAUAAAGAAGCAAUGAACAAGCCUGGCCAUGUUAGACUGUUUGUAACAAGGAUCAUGCAAGAUUUUGAAAGUGAUACGUAUUUUCCAGAAAUUGAUUUGGAGAAAUAUAAACUUCUUCCAGAAUACCCAGGUAUUCUUUCUGAUGUCCAGGAAGAGAAAGGCAUUAAGUAUAAAUUUGAAGUAUAUGAAAAGAACAAUUAAUGUGAAGAUAAUUUGGGUUUUAUUUCAAGUUGUUCUCCCUCUCCUCCAAUUACGUAUUUUAACAUUAAGGAAAAAAACACUUCUGCUGACUUCAGAUCUAUGGAUAAUUAUUUCUAAGCAUUUAUUUUUAUGAUUAAUCUUAACUAGACUAUAUUGGAUACCAUUUGUGAAGUAUUUCUUGCUGUAACUGUCUGAAUGCCCAGCAGGGACCAGCACCUGCCUCGGGUAGCACAUCUACCAAGACACCAAAGUGGGAGAGUUCCGUGAUAUCAUGAGCUGAAACCCGGACCUAUAGAAAUAGGACCUAGACAGAUUUGUUCGAGGUCAGAAAUGGAUUAUAAACAAGAGCUAGAACCCCGAUAUUACUAGAAAAUUAGAUCAAAAUAGGGACUGUUAAUUACUCUAUAUAUAUCACACUUCUGAAAAAAGUUGUUUUCACUCUGAUGGGAAAUCCGGUUAAAGCUCCAGUAUAUUCCAUAGGGACAAUAGAGAGGAGACUCCCUCUUUGAUGGUGAAAAGACAAGGUCUGAGACCUUUAAAACCUCUGUUUCUGGUCUAUAGUAAGAUACCAUGGGAUGUUAAAAUGAUACAAUAGGCUGCUUUUUGCAAAUAAGAGUAAUCUAAUAACAAGUAUGUGUCUAAGAAAUUCAAAGAGGUAAUGAAUUGAAAAUGGAUACUGCUAGAAAUCAAAAUUAGUAAGUUAAGAACUAAACUUCAGAGAAUUAAAAAAUUAAAAUUAAAAGCAUGUUUUACCCAUCCUGUUAGCAAUGAUCCAGAUGAUUAGUAUCCAAAGAUAAGAGCAUUUUCUGCCUUGUUAACUAAUACAACCUUCUUAAGAGUGUAAGCUAACAAUAUCAAUUAAAAUUCAAAAUAUUCCGGGUUUGGACACAGAACUUUGACUUCCAGAAAUUAAUCCUGAACAAAGAGAUGGACCCACUUAUCAUGUUGAGAAUUUCAUAAUGUAUAUAAUUGUUGAAGCACUGUGUUGUCUACCUGAAACCGUUGUAAUAGUGGUAUCAACUGUACUUCAAUAAAAGGGAAAAAAAGAGAUGGAACCCCAAGGUGGUGAUGAUAUUAGGGGGUGAAAGCCUUCAGGUAAUGAUUAGGUCAUGAGAGUGGCACCUUCAUGAAUGGAAUUAGUGUCCUUAAAAAAGAGGACCCAAGAGAAAUCCUUUGCCUCUUCCUCCAUGUGAGGUCACAGUGAGAAGAGAGCCCUCGGUAGGGAGCAAGGCCUCCCCAGCCCCUGAAUCUGCUGACACCUUGGUCUUGGACUUCCCAGGCUUCAAAACUGCAAGAAAUGUUUGUUGUUUGUAAGUUACCCAGUUUAUGGUAUUUUGUUAUAACAAACCGAAUGGACUAAGACACCCCUAAAUCUGAUAACUGUUUGGGGACAAUAUGGGACGAAAAGUGGGGAUAGUGGUAUAAGAACUAAGUCUCAUCUAUUAUAUGAGGAAAUCCUUAAAUACUGUGUAAAGUAAAUCAAGAAAUGACAAAAUGAUUAUUUGAGGGAAAAAACAGAAGAAACCACUAAAAAUGAGUCAUUGAUCUGAGGAAUUGGGAGGGGUGGUGCAGGAGACUGCCACAGAUUUUUGUAAGCUUCAAGAGUCUUUCAAAAAUACAUGUAUUAAUACAUGCAUUCAUUUGAAAGACUACCAAAAAUAAUUAAUCUGGAAAAAAAACGAUGAAGGCUACACCUGAAGGAAAAGCUUAAGAGAAUGGAAAACACCUGGUCUCUAGAGGACAACUGGCAUUUAAUUUAACCAUUUUCAUGUAUUUCUUUAAUAAAAACAAUUCUUUCUUAAUAUGAGGUUUCACUAGUUUGUAAGUGCUGGCCUCCUGUUACUCUUUGAACACCUCACAUAAAAUUCCAAAGACUUUUACAGGAAAUCACCUCCACGGUUUAAAAAUGUAGAAAGGAAAACAUACAAUAAGCCAAGGAUCACGCAAAAUUCCAAAGGCCAGUUAUUAGAAAACCAUCAGGCUUUCUCAGUUUGUUCAUCUUUCAAGACAGAAUCAAGUCAUGCUUUUUCCAGAUUGAUUUAUGAAACAGCACUAUAAGGUGAUCAUAAUUUAAGGCAAAAAUGUAAUUAAUAAAACACGUUCUAAAUAUU